AUAAUAUAUAUGUAUGAUUUACUUAACCAAAAAAUUAUGUACUUGUUAUCAUUCCAAUCAAUCACAUCAUUUUAUAGUUUAAAAAUUCGAAUUUUAUAGAUCUUAAAAAAUUUGUUAUGUUGCAUCACUGAAUGUCUUUUGAAAAUAUCCUAAGUACAUAUAUUUAUGUAUUUAUAUUCAGAAUAGAAAAUUUUUUUUUAUAAAUAAAGUGUGAAUUGAGAAAUUUAUACAGAACAGCUGUUACGCGUAGUAUAUUAUUUAUAUCUAUACAAAAAGAUUAUUGACAUUUACUUUAUUUAUAUUUUAUUAUAUUUUUCUUUCAAUUUUAAGUAUAAAUACAAUUUAUAUUAUAAUUAUCAAAUUUAAAUAUUAAUAUGAGUUACAUAUUAAUGGAAGAUGGAUCAUUUCUAAGUUUGUGAAAAAAUAUUGUGUUGUUUUGAAAUAUUAAGAUAAAAAUAUUAUUUUUAAAAAAUAAUAAUUAGUUGGAAACAGAAAAUGGAUAAAUUAAAAAGAGCUUUAAGUGGUAAUGACCAAUGUGAUGAAGAAAGUGGUAUUAUUACUCAGGUUAUGGAUCAAACUACAUUAAGUUGGUCUACUCGAAUAAAAGGUUUUGCUAUUUGUUUUAUUGUUGGUAUUCUCUGCUCUUUCCUUGGAUCUUUUGCCUUAUUUUUACACAAAGGACUUACAGUCUUUGCUGUAUUUUAUACUCUAGGAAAUAUCAUCUCAUUAGCAAGCACAUGCUUUUUAAUGGGUCCAUUCAAUCAAUUAAAAAAAAUGUUUGCACCAACAAGAGUGAUUGCAACUAUUUUAGUAUUUGUAUCAAUUGCAAUAACUUUAUUUGCAGCUUUACAUCUAAAAAAUGCUGGAUUGGCUCUUUUAUUUAUAAUUAUUCAAUCAUUGGCAAUGACUUGGUAUUCUUUGUCUUAUAUUCCCUAUGCACGUGAUGCUGUUAAAAAAACUCUGGAGACAUGUAUCACAUGAAAACACUUACAAUAUGUUUAAUAAAAAAUGUCUCACUUAAUAAACAUGUUGAAAUUUAUAUACUGUUAUUUUAUAUUAUGCAAAAUAUGAAGUAAAAUAUGAAACUGACUUAAAG